CUGUUUGGAGCUCAGUUCUCUGACCCAGCCAUGAGCAUCAUCGGGGCUGAAGAUGAGGAUUUUGAGAAUGAAAUAAAUGACUCACAGGGGACUGAAAGUCAGUUUCCGUACUUCAACAGCAUCGAGCAGCUGAAGACUCAUCCGACUCACCUGCUGGUCUUCAUGCAACAUGUCAUUCUUCAGUUUGAUCCUGCUCCCCUGCUGUGUUAUCUUCACGUUGACCUCAUCAAGAAACUCAGUGCAAAAGAGACCAAAAAACAGUAUGUGGAGUUCCACAACACCUUCCUGGACAAGGGCGCUAUUCUCAGAGUGACUGUGACGCCUAAUUUAUCCAAUGAGCUGGACCGGACCCGCCCAGAUUUGCUCUCAGAUGAUAACCAAAAACGUUUGGCUCACGAGGUUCAGGAUCAGCAGAUUUCUGAGAUAAUUAAACAGCUGGAAGACUUUAGGCAGAAGAGGAUGAUGGGUAUGACCCUCAAUGAGAAUGAACUGAUUGAUGUCGAGAGCCACUAUCCCACCGACCGAGUCCCGAUGGAGAUGAAAGAAAAAUCUAUGGCUGAGUACCUACUGGAGAGGAUGUUUGAAACACAAUUUCAAGUUGUCUUGGACGAGGAGAAAUGCCAAGCCAUCUUUACUGCAGUUGCUGUCUACAUGAAGCACCUUGGAAUUAAAUCCAAGUCUGUCGAUAGUAAAAAGUCCAGACGGGGUUUCUUUGGAUUACCUAUAAAGGUUAUAAAGGAUGGCUCUAGGAACAAAACCGGCCCGUUUCAUAAAGGAAAGAAACUACCAAACUCUGAACCCGGACCAAAAACGGAGCCUAUAGGCAAUACUUCAAGCAGAGGCUCCGUGAGUGAAAAUACAGUCCUUACCCCCGUCAAAGUGUCUGGUGGCAGCGUAGGUCCGAGCCCAGUAUCUGACGCAGAGAAUCCUGACGGGUCAGGCAGUAAAAACGGUACUGCCUCCAACUCGGAGCCCCUUCAGCCCGAGGGCCCAUCAAGCAAUCGCCCAGAGCCUCAGACUGUGCCGGACAGCGUUGUUGUGUCUCCUAGGCCGGGAGCAGAGCUUACCAUUGUGGAGCCCACCUCACCAAAUGAACCCCCCUCAGUGGAGUCUUUGGAGACCGACAGUUCUGAGGGGCUAGCUUUAGCUCGUGACAGCUCCAGCCAGUCGCCCACCAGUCCCUCCCCACAGCUAGAGGAGAUAGACCCACGUCUCCUGGAGUUUGAGCAGGAUCCACCCAACUGGAGGGAGCUGGCCCCUCCUGAUGCUUUAAAGAACCUCAGCAAAAAGGAGAUCAAGAGACAGGAAGUUAUAAAUGAACUGUUUACAACAGAACACGCUCAUGUGCGAAUGCUGAGCGUUCUUCAGAUGGUGUUCGUCAAGCCGUUGGAAAGGGAGGCGUUCAUGGCCUCUUUGGAGCUUGAUGCCAUUUUUCCCGGCCUUGAUGAGAUGCUUGAAGAGCACUGUAAGUUUUAUGAAAACCUGAAGAAGUUGCGUAUAGAUGACAACUAUAUAGUUAAACACAUCAGCCCCACAUUGCUCAACAGAUUUGACGGAGCAGAAGGAGAAUGGUUUCGGAAACUGACAGCCCGGUUCAGCAGUCACCAGACGUGGGCUCUGGAGCAAAUCAAGAGCAGGCAGAAGAAGGAACCACGCUUUAACGCUUUCAUACAGGAGGCAGAAAGUAAACCUCAGUGCCGCAGACUGCAGCUCAAGGACAUUAUUCCCACAGAGAUGCAGAGGCUCACAAAGUAUCCGCUGCUGCUGGAGAAUAUCGCCAAGAACACAGAGGACCCCAAAGAGAAGGAGAGAAUCCAGGAGAGUGCAGAGUGCUGCAAAAAGAUCCUCAACCAUGUCAAUGAAGAGGUCAAAAAUGUGGGCAACAUGUUGUCUCUAAAGGAAUACCAGAAGAAACUGGACACAUCAGGACUCAAACCCAUGAAUGACCUUUAUACUGAAUAUAAGAAUAUUGACUUGACUCAGAGGAAGAUGCUUAAUGAAGGUCCACUAAUCUGGAGAGUCACCAAGGAGAAGACUAUUGAGGUGCAGGGUGUGCUGCUGGGGGACCUGCUGGUGCUCCUACAGAAACAGGAUGACAAAGUGGCCCUCAAAUGUCAAAGCAAAAGUAACAUUGCUGUGCAGGAGGGCAAACAGAUGCUGAGCCCCAUUAUAAAGCUGGACUCCGUUUUUCUCCGCGAUGUGGCAACAGAUCGAAAGGCUUUCUACCUGAUAUUCACCUGGGAAAGUGGUGCUCAGAUCUAUGAGCUAGUAGCUUCGUCUCUCGGGGAGAAGAAGGCCUGGACUGAGGUGUUGAAGUCAACUUUAGAAGAGCUGAAGAAGAGCGGACCAUCCAGCAUGUUGACUGUGCCUCCCGGGGGUGGAGGAGCUCCUUUAAGUCCUACCACCCUGACCGCCCCCUUGAUCCCAACUGAGAAUGGAAGUUUAAAAAGCGGCAGUGAUCACGACAGGGACAGCUUGGCAGAUGACAAGUCCGAUCACAGGCACAGGCUGAUGAAUUUCCUGACAGAGAAAGGCCUUGGUGUGUUAAGCCACUCCAAUAGCAAUCAGGAGAAGGUGGCCAACAACGCUCUGCAUGAAGUGAUGUCACUGAAAAGGUUGUUAAUCGGCAGCAUCAGUCUGUCAGAAGACUCGCAGCCAGUUGAAGAAGUUGAAGAGGAGCAAUCAACGGAAGGCUCUCAGUCAACAGGAGAAGGUGAGGCCACAGACAUGGGUUAUUUGGAGGUGAAUACCAACAUGUGUGAAAGAGAAGGUGCAGAGUCAAAAGACAAUGAAGAUAGGAACAUCAGUGCACCCCUGGUGCUGUCCCAGGAGAGGAUGGACGAAGUGCGCCAGAGGCUGCACAGCCUGGAGGAACAACUAAAGAAACUACAGGCUGUUGAAGAGGAGCAUCACAAACUGCAGGAGACCCUUUCUGAGUUCUCUCUAGAAGAGGGUAACUUCUAG